AUGGCACCCUUGACUAUGAUCAGCUUAUUGGUCAAACUGGGCCCUGUGUGUAAGGCACAGAGCAUUUGCGAUUGUCGUCUUUCUAGAUAUCCGGCUGGGCACGUCUACGUUUGUUCUAUUUUGUACUUCUUAACCGACCAUGGCUUAAACAUAUUUAAAGCUCAAUGCAUAUUCCUUGGGGUCUACGCGCUCUCCCUUGGAUUAAUAUUUAAUAUCUAUCGAAAAAUUUCAAAGGUCCCACUUUUUUCUAUUCUGAUUAUGUCUUUUGCUUCCUAUCGAGUGCAUUCAAUUUAUCUGCUGCGUCUAUUUAAUGAUCCUUGGGCAAUGCUUUUUCUUUAUUCUUCUAUAAACUGGUGUCUAUACAACCAUUUCACCUGUGCUGCAGUAUUUUUCAGCAUUGCAGUCGGAAUAAAGAUGAAUAUUCUGCUAUUCGCUCCUGGUCUACUUCUAGUUCUUCUCAAACACCGUGGCCUCUAUGAAACACUUGGACACCUGGCCGAAUGUGGCAUCGUUCAGGUCUUAUUAGGGGCCAUCUUCCUGUUCCGGAACUCUGAAGCGUAUUUCAGUCGUGCCUUUGAAUUCAGUCGGCAGUUCAUGUACAAAUGGACGGUAAACUGGAAGGUUGUUCCUGAAUCCCUUUUUCUCGAUCGACGAUUCCAAGUUGCACUACUGGUCUUGCACAUUGUCUUUCUCACAUUCUUCCUUGUCAAGUUUGUCAGAUCACGUGGGGGAUUCAAACGUUUCCUGGAGCCACUGCCACCCUCGACUAAACUGGCAGUUUGCGCUGAUGAUGUUCUGUAUCCGAUGUUCGUAUCAAACUUCAUUGGCAUCGCAUUUAGUCGUUCCUUGCAUUACCAAUUCUACGUUUGGUACUACCACACCAUCCCGUUUCUUCUUUGGUCAGUGACGCCUUUUUCUAAUACAAUAAGGCUUCUUCUUUUUGGUCUUAUUGAACUAUGCUGGAACGUCUACCCGUCGACGCCGUUGAGCAGUGCAGCUCUGCACGCCUGCCACGCCGCCAUUCUAAUCGGUCUUGCGGUGGAGCCACUAAAGAACACCUUCAGCCGAGUGCCAAAGAACCGAAAGUUGAAGCGUCGCUAA